UAAAUUGAGAAAAUUAAAUGCGUGAUAAUCAUUUUAAGCGUAGUUGCAUACUUAUUUAAUGCUCUAUAUACAAACGUCUGAAUAUAUCUUGUCCGGGUAAAAUUUGUGCAAUCCAAGCACUCGCAUGCAAGUGAUGGCAGUGUGGUUGGCUGGAUGAGACAGAGAUACAUUAUGCAAGUUUGCAUCACGCGGGUUUAUUGCAUCAGCUCUACGCGCGGACGGAGAAGCCGCGGCUGUUUAGGCUUCUUAUAAUUGGAGGACAUUUCACGUGUACAUCAACGGCAUCUUGACACGUCGAUCGCGGCAUUAAGGCCUUUCUUCUGCUCCCCCUGCAAAAUUAUUAGAAAUUGAGUAACAGAAUAUAGUUAUGUAUGUCAUAAUCAAUUAAAUACGUCAGACAUUGUGCCAUAGUUUUAAUUUUAUAUUACGCAACUUUUGUAUCAAUAUUAAAAAUCUUAUUAUACAUUUCUGUUUGUCACUCGAUAAAGCUUUUUACAUUGAUAUUAUUAUGCGGUUUCUCAAUUCUUACGUUAAGAAUCUUAGAACAUGUAGUCAAGUACAUUCUUAUAGUUUAUAGAGAGGCGAUGUUAUAGAGUGAUAUGUCAAGGAUUGUUAAAAGCUUCACGCGAGACAAUUUAGAGACGUUCAAGAUGAUUAUGUGUUAACGAUUCGCCGGCGCAAUACCGCGACUCGAGAAUCGCGAUCGGAGAGAUAUAGAGCGCGAAUCUGCUCGUGAUUACGCUUACUUGUACGCCGAUCUGGCUCUUUUCCAUCGUCACCGUCGAUUCCGCGUGGCAUCUCGUGACACACUUGCAUCGAACUGUUGCUGUAAAUCUUACCGAUUGCACCAAACUAUGAUCUAGAAACGCGGAUGAGUCCCGGGAUAUAUAAAGAGCGAAGCGGACCCCAUGUUUGUCAUUCCCUCGAGACUAUCCUGUGCUGGAAGGGUAGAACGAGAGCAGGGAGAACGACUCUCCCUCGGAGAGAUAAAGUAACAAAAAUUCGUUUUUUCUAUCGCUGGAAAGCAUCGAGUGUCCUCAAUAUGUUUAAGAUCGGUAUAACGACGUUCAUCACGAUGCUGGCGAUGACGCGCUCGGAACCUCCGGUCAAUUCGUAUCUACCUCCACGAACAGGAAUCUCUGGUGUGAAUGGCGGUCAAGCCGAUUUAUCCACCCAGUAUGGAACGCCGGAUUUUGGUAAUGGGGGUAGUGUUAAUAAUGGCGCAGGUAAUGGUCCGUCGAAACUUUAUGGUGCACCCAUCGGGGAAAAUGCUCGCGUAAAUGGUCUAGGUCAAUCUGGAGGAAACGGAUUUGGGAAUGGACAAUCCUCUAACUCUUAUAGUGCUUCAAGUUUUGGAGAUUUUAGUGAAAACAGCGGUAAUGUACAACCGUCGAGUAGCUAUGGAGUUCCUAUUGCGAAUGGAAACAAUGGAGGUGGUUUUCGAAACGGCGGCAAUGGAGACAAACCAUCGAUUAAUUAUGGCGUACCUGGUACGAAUGGAAACAACGGAGACAGUUUCAAGAACGGGGGCAAUGGAGAGAGACCAUCGACUAGCUACGGUGUUCCUGAUGGGAAUGGAAAUCAUGGGGGUGGUUCUGAUAGAAACAAUGGCAAUGGAAGGCCUUCUAGUAGUUAUGGAGUACCUGGAGCAAAUGGAAAUACGAACGGAAAAAAUCACUUCAAUGGCGGAAAUAAUGGUGGAAAAGCGAGCAGUUAUGAAUCUUCGAACGUACCUAAAACAAAUGGAAUAAACGGAUUUGGCGGUGCCAACGGAGGAUUAUCAAGCAGUUACGGUCCACCUAAUAGAAAUGGACAUGGAAACAAUGGCUAUCCAUCUGAAAGUCCAACUAGAAAUGAUGAGAGUUUCGGAAACGGUAAUGCUAAUGGCUAUCCAUCUGGAAGUGGUAUAAAUGGACAGGCAGGAAAUUUUGAGAACGGAGGUGGAAGUUUCAAAAAUGGAGGAAGAGAAAGCGGAGGUUACAAUGAUAAUGCACAAGAAGAAAGCACCGAGCCAGCAAAAUACGAAUUUUCGUACGAAGUAAAGGAUGAGCAAUCCGGCAGCAAUUACGGCCACACGGAAACUAGAAACGGUGAUCGCGCUCAAGGCGAGUUCAACGUUUUACUUCCAGAUGGUAGAAAACAGAUCGUCGAGUAUGAGGCUGAUCAGGAUGGAUUUAAACCGCAAAUUAGAUACGAAGGCGAAGCAAAUACGGGUGGAGGAUACAAUUCCGGCGGACCGAAUGGUAACAACGAUGGUUAUUCUUCUGGUAGACCGGAUAGCAAAAGCGGCGGCUUUGCAGAUAAUUCGGGGUUUAAUGGAAGUGGUAAUAAUGGUUAUCCAAACGGUGGUCCCAGCCAGGGAAAGUCCAAUGGAUUUAAUGGAGGAGGCGGCAACGGUUAUCAAUCGGGAAAGUCAGCAGGACAAUCUUUUAGCCGAGAUAAUGAUAAUAACUUGAGUGGAGGCGGAUACUUUUCCAAUGCUCCUAGCAACAAUAUCGGUGGCAACGCGGAUAUCGGAAGUAACAGACAAAAUGGUAAUGGUGGAUAUCAAUAUUAAAGAACAUAUAAUUUAAUAAAAUUAAAUAUCUUUGUCCUGAGUAAUUUUGAAAAAGGAUAAAGAAAUAAUCGAGAGAAUUUAUUUCUUGUAAAAAUUUAUCUGUAUAUUUAGCGGUGGAUAAUGGAAAAUUCUUAUAACACUUAUGAGAUUCUAUUAUCCUUCCACAAAAAUGAUAAUUUUAUCAGAAUGUGAAACUAUAUACAUCUACAUAUAAAUAAUUACUAAAAUCUUCAAUUAUAAAAUUUAUGAAUUGAUAUUUAUUAUUAGUAUUUACAUCGCAUUAUGUGUUCAUAGCAUGAUUUAUUUAAAUUCAUGUAGUAGUUUUUAGUUGAGCAAAAGAAUAAACGCAUAUAUAAUCGA